AUGGACACGCCAUCUAAUAAACGUCGUCGCAUCAACGCAGCUACCGCUCUCUCAAAGCCGUUCAAGUCACCGCUACGCAGACCUCCACCAACCUCCACUGACGACACACCAUCCAAGUCUGUCGCAUCCAGGAGUCCUGAUGACACAAAAGUUCCAGGGACUCUUACCAUUCCUGUAGAGUCCAACUCAAUACCAAACCCACCAAGUCCGACAGCAACUCCAGUACCUCCUAAGCGCAAACGCACGCUACAGCUCUUUUCCCCAUUCCCCUCACAAUCAUUCCAAACCUCCGACCCAGAGAUCCUAGAGCUGCAAAAACAGCAUCGGGAGAUCCAGUCAAAGGUUGAUGCGCUUAUAAACAGACUUGAAAUUGCAACUCAGGCCCACAACCUCGAGGCAAAUCCCAAAUACAUCGAGAUUCCAACUCUCAUCACCAAAUGGCGGCUCGCCAGCCAGGACGCUGCCGAUGAGGUAUUUGUCGGUGCCAAGGAAAGGGUUAAUCGUAUGGGAGGAUUGUCGGCCUGGAAAGAACAGUCGAAGCGUGAUGCGACUCGAUGGCAGUUUGACGAGGAGCGUCGUGAGCAAGAGCACAUUGACGAGGAGGAGGGAGAUGCCGAUAACUGCAACGUUGAGGAUUCUUCUGGUCAUCUACUGAACAAGAAUAAUGGAGAGGAGGAGAGUCAGGAUGAGGAGUUCACGAUGAAGUCCAUGCUCAAGAGUCUACAUGUUGAUCCUAAGUUGAUUGGAUAUGAUACCAAGGCUCAAAGAUGGAUCAAAAGCUGA